UGCGGCGGGGGGAGGUGGGGGGAAAGAGGAGAGGACGGAGGUUGUCUGAAAACGGUUAUACUGUUCCUCGGCGUUGCGAAUAUGCACUGUGUGACUUUAAUUCGUUGACCUUCUUAAGUUGAUUCGUCGUGUAAAAAAAAAUCUGAUGUCGUCAUGUUUUGACAAAAUAACUGUCAUUAGAAAUGGGCGUGGAUUUUGAUGUGGCAGAAUUCUGCCGCAAAUUGCGCUCUCUGGAUGGACCAUACAAGUGUCCUGUGGAAAAAUGUGACAAAGUUUAUCAAAGUGUUGUGGGUAUGAGCUAUCAUCUACUUAAAUAUGAUCACAAUGAUCCAAUAACAAGUGAGGAUGCUGCUCCAGCCAGUGGCGCUGUUGCUGGUCUCAAGACUCCAUUACAGAAAAUCUCAACCCCUAAACCAAGAAGCUCACUAAAAUCAGGGCGUAAGAAAAAAAGCUCUCAUCGUGCUCCUCUACUCAAGAAUGCAGUUGAUCAGCAGAUGAUUCAAUCUGCUCAGGAAGGCCUUUCUUAUGCUGAAGCCCAAGUAAUGGUCGAGUUUGAAGUUCAAGGGAAAACUGCACGCGUUCAAAUUACAGAACCAUUGAAAUUCAUGGGUAAAGAUGACUUUGAAGCAUCUCAAAAUAGAUUGGAUGAGAGUAUUGCACCAGAAGAUGUUGUCACUACUCCUCAAAGAAAGCAGUCUCAUACUCCUGGUGGAAAGAAAAGCAAAUUAUCCAAAUCGGCAGCAGCAGCAGCUGCUGCUGCAGCAGCUUCACAACAAGCUGAAAAUAGAAUAGCCUUACCUGAAGCAUGCUUUAAAGUUCUCAGUAAUUACAAUAUUACUGAUGCACCUCCACGGCCCACCUUAGCUUACAUCCGUUUCAUUGAAAAAUCUGCUGAAGAAUUAGAUGGAGAAGUAGAGUAUGAUAUGGAUGAAGAGGAUUCAGCGUGGUUGAGUAUUAUCAAUGAGCGGCGGGAAGAUGUAGGCCUCCCUCCCGUUCCUGUGGAUGCAUUUGAAUUGUUAAUGGAUCGUUUGGAGAAGGAGUCUUAUUUUAUGAUGCAAGUUAGUGGAAAAGGACCAGAGGGUUCCCCUAGUAUUAUUGAUGAUGAUGCUGUUUGCUGUAUCUGUAUGGACGGUGAAUGUCAGAACUCCAAUGUUAUUCUAUUCUGUGAUAUGUGUAAUCUAGCGGUACACCAAGACUGUUAUGGUGUUCCAUACAUUCCUGAAGGACAGUGGUUGUGUCGAAGGUGUCUACAAUCUCCUUCUCGUGCCGUAGACUGUGUGUUGUGCCCUAACAAUGGUGGUGCUUUUAAGCAAACAGAUCGAGGACAUUGGGCACAUGUUGUGUGUGCAUUGUGGAUUCCGGAAGUUCGCUUUGCCAACACCGUAUUUCUUGAGCCCAUUGAUAGCAUUGAAACCAUUCCUUCUGCUCGAUGGAAAUUGACGUGCUACAUAUGUAAACAGAGAGGCGUAGGGGCAUGUAUUCAGUGUCACAAGACCAAUUGCUAUGCAGCAUUUCAUGUAACCUGCGCUCAGCAAGCAGGGCUAUACAUGAAAAUGGACACAGUACGAGAUUCUGAGCCUGGUCCUAUUAUGGUUCAAAAAACAGCAUUCUGUGAUAACCACUGCCCACCGGACGCAGAACCACGACCGAAAAUCAACAGCAGAACAGGGGGUGGUAUUCUGGCCAUGUCACCUUCAGGAGAAGCUGCAAGCCCAGGAUCUUUGCACUCACCAGGCUCUCCUGAUGAGUUCCGAGACAAAAUGAAGCAUGCAAGACGUGUACUUGCCAAACGUCGAUCAUGGGCUCCUAUCAUAAGCAUUCCAACCAUCCCCCCAGAAAGGAUACAAGAGAUUGCAACUCAUGUUGCUGUACCCAAGAAAAAUCAAUUUAUUCAAAGAUUAAUUGCCUAUUGGACUUUAAAAAGACAGUUCCGCAAUGGUGUGCCAUUGUUGCGGCGUCUGCAAAGCUCACAUCUUCAACGUAGGGAUGAGAGGCGAGGUGAAGCAGCAGAAUCUAGUGACACUGCGGAGCUCUACCGUCAACUGAAGUACUGGCAAUGUUUGCGACAAGAUUUAGAAAGGGCUCGUUUGUUGUGUGAACUUGUUCGCAAACGUGAAAAGCUGAAGAAAGAAUUCAUAAAAGUUAAAGAACAAGAAACUAUGAUGAGACUUGCUCCACUUCAGAGCAUCCUUAGACGUCUUUGGGAUGCAAUAAAGGCCCGUGAUGCAGGGGAUAUCUUUGGUGAACCAGUUGAUCAGAAUGAAGUCGUGGAUUACGCUGAUGUUGUGAAGGAACCCAUGGAUUUAUCCACCAUGCACCAAAAAUUAGAAAGUUAUGAGUAUCAAACAUUGGAUGACUUCCAGCGUGAUUUCAUUUUGAUGAUAAAUAAUUGUCUUGCUUACAAUGCCAAAGAGACUGUAUUUUAUCGAGCUGGUGUGAAAUUGAGAGACCAGGGUGGUGCCUUGAUAAGAGCUGCAAAAAGAGACAUGGAAGUCACAGGGUUUGAUCCUGAGUCAGGUCUUUUACUAGAUGCUCCUGGAUCGGCCAAAAGUAUGAACCAACUGAAAGCUGUUGAUUCUGACUCUAACACCAAAGCUAAAAAGCAAGACUCUGAAAUUCAUUCAAGCAACCCUGAAGAAUUAGCUGCUGACAUUGACAUGGAGUUGGGUCGUAUUCAAACGGAAGGUAAAACUUGGAGCUUGGAGGUUAAAUUAGAUAAGUUGUUGGAACUUAAAGAUCUGGUGCAAGACUUAAGAUCUGCUAUUGCUCGUAACAAACGUGAAAAAGCAAUACGAAUUGAAAUAGCUAAUGUACGCCGAAAAAUGUCACUUCUAGCAUCAGGAAAAAGUCAAGGCGGAAGAAAAAAGACUCUGAAAUCAGACACUGAAGAAAAGACUGAUACUAAUACAGAGUUGGAGGAAACAACUGAAGAGGAAGAGGAAAUAAAUGUGACACGGGAGGAAAAGAUGGAACCUGCAGUUAAAAGAGGAAGGAAACGCAAAGUUAGAGAAGAGACUGAUGAAGAGGAAGCCAAGGAUAAUGAUAAGCAUCGUACAAAUUCACACACACCCUCAUCCUCAGCCAAAACUCAAUCUGCACGGAGGCUUAAACAGGUCUCACUGUUUGAUUACUUUGGAUCUGAUAGUCCCAAAAGUCAUGCUGGAGGGACUGUAACAACACCUGUCAAACAAGACUCAAGCAUCACCAAUAGUGGUGGUAGUUUGACGAGUGCUUCUCCCUCUGGUGUGAAUCGAAGAACUGCUGUUCUGUUUACCCGCAAAGCUGCAUCUGUUCACCGGAAACCAGACACAUCUGACAACACUAGCUUGAGCAAUGAUUCACCUCUUCCUCCCCCUGGCAAGCGACGCCAGGGACGACCUCGCAAAAACUUGGAUACUGCUUUAGGUAUAAGGUCUGAAAGUAGCACUCCAAUACAAACAAUGGGCGAUGUAGACGACCUUAUGCCAGCUCCUCCAGUGCCUUCCUCGGAUAGUUUCCGUUUAUAUAGAAGUGGCGGUGAUAUAGUAGCAGAAACUGAUGAUGACACUCAGUCAGAAACCUCAUGUUCGUCAUGUGAUUCGUCAGGAGGUUCGAGUGGCUCAUCAUGUAGUGAUGCAGAUGGUGAAGCUGAUGAAGAUGGCUAUGCAUCAUCUGUUGACGGUACAGUUCCUGGCAGCUCUGGUGAAGAUGAUGGAGUGCGCUCAAAACCCUCCAAAACUGACAAAAGUCUUUUACCUCCGUUGCAACUUGUCUGGGCUAAGUGCCGUGGAUAUCCGUGGUAUCCCGCUUUGAUAAUUGAUCCAGAAAUGCCUGCUGGUUACAUGCACAAUGGUGUCCCUAUCCCAGCCCCACCAGAUGAUGUACUAGCCUUGAAGAGCCAAUGUAAAGAACCAGUACACCUUGUUCUGUUUUUUGAUGCGAAACGAACAUGGCAAUGGCUCCCUAGGAAUAAACUUGAACUUCUUGGAGAGGACAAAAAAUUGGACCAAGUAAAACUUACUGAAUCUAGAAAGCCUGCGGAACGUAAGGCUGUCCAAAGAGCUUUCAAAGAUGCUAUUUUACAUCGCAUUGAAGUUACUGGAACAGAGCUGGGAGGUGAUGCUCAGGCAGCUAUUGCACUUCUUGAAGAAGAAGCUGCUUGAAUUCCAAGAUGUUCUGUUCAUACUGAAAAUGUACCUGGCUGUCACAAAAAAUUUCAGAAAAACUAGGGACCAUUACUUGUGCCACAUACUGAUUUGCUUUGUCAUUUUCCUUUCAUAAUGAAUUUUUGCGGGCUGUGUCACAAAUGUUAAUUUUAGUCUCUUUUUCUAAAAAAUUGAACAAAUGUUUUUGACUAGACUUUUGCUCAAGCAGGUCUUUGGAAUUUUGUUUCAUGCAAGAGUAUUGGCGUUAAGGCACAUCCUUCUACUUUGAUUUUUUUGGUUUAUAGAUGUAGCUAGAGAGAUAUAUAUUAUAAAAAUAGAAAGCACUUCAGUGAAGUGAAUUUAAUAUAAGUGUGUCUUUUCCCAGAAAAAAUAAAAUUUUGUUAAAGUUAUUUAUUUAAAAAAACAGGAGUACCUGCAUAUGGCUGGAAACCCUGUAUAAUUAUGAAAAUGCUAUCACUUUUAAAUUGUAUGUCCAUUUGUUCCUAUAUUAUGCUCUUUAGUUUCAUACUGUAACCUGAGCCACCUCAGUGUGCCUCUGCAUUUCCACAGAUAUUGGUGUUGCUUUUCACAGCAAACAGUAGUUUGGGAGAUUCCUAUGUGACUUUACAAAGCAGUUCCCUGUAUUCUCCUCAAUUCAUUUACUUGAUGUGUACAUGAUAGCUCAGCAACUCGUAACCUGAAGCUCUUUUGGGUGAUCAGUAUUGUUUUAUUGCUUAUUUUUCACAAAGUGCCAUUGAAAAAUCCUUAUCUUUCCCUGAAUCAAUUUCAAUCUCCUGUAAUUUGGUUGGUAAUUUUUUGCCCCUCUUUUUUUUUCUUUUUACUUAAUUUAUUAUUGUUAGGACUUUAGUCACACCUGUUAUGUGCAAUUAUUGUAUGGUAUAACUUUUGCAUCCUGUAGUAAGGUUUUUUUUUCCCUUUCACCUUUGUUUUAUUCUUUCAUUUGUGACUAUAAGUUACAGUUGACUUUUGUGAUAGGUAGUUAUAAUUAUGAUCAGUUGCAAUAACAUUUGUAGUUUGAUGCAUACAAUCAAUUAUUUUCUUUGACAUCAUGUGCCUUGUUUUAACCAUGUUCUUAUUUGUACUUGUGAUGAUAGUCUUGACCAAGUAAAUGUAAUCAAGCAGAAGUAUUGAAAAAGUUGCAGUUACCUGAAAAUUUCAUCUGCAGUACUUAAACCAUUCCUUAAACAUUUUUACCAACUGUAUUUUAUGUCUAUUAAAACUUUGCAUGCCUUUUAUAUCAUAAUCGAACAACAAACAAUACAAAUUAUAUCUAUUACCUAGAUGUUACUUCAACUUCAAGGCUAGCCUAUCUCAACCUAAUAAACUGAACAUUAAUUGUAAAUAAUUGUAUUUAUGUACAAUCAUGUUGAAAUGAAUGAGUGACUCGAAAGUU